AUGAGUGUACGCAAGAAGUUAGUGAUUGUCGGAGACGGAUGCUCCGGAAAGACAUGUCUUCUCAUGGUUUUCUCGCAAGAUCAGUUCCCAAAGUCCUACGUGCCCACUGUCUUUGAAAACUACAUCGCCGACGUCAUCGAUGUCCACUCUGGCAAACACGUCGAGCUUGGACUUUGGGAUACAGCUGGCCAGGAAGAUUACGACCGUCUUCGCCCUCUGUCCUACCCAGAUACUGAUGUCAUUCUAAUUUGCUACGACAUGUCCAACCCAGACUCUUUUGACAACAUCCGAGAAAAGUGGUAUCCAGAAGUGAAGCACUUCUGCCCAAAUGUCCCGAUUAUUCUUGUCGGUCUCAAAAAAGACCUCCGUCAGAAGAACGAGUCCGGCUGCGUCUCGUACAUUUCUGGAGAGCGCUUGAGCCAGGACAUCGGCGCGGCUGGAUUUGCCGAGUGUUCCGCUUUGACAAACGAUGGCGUAGAGCGGGUUUUCCAAAUGGCAACCACCUCGGCUUUGAUGGGCAAGAAAGGCAUGAAGAAGAAGUCCCGCUGCGUCUGCCUCUAG